CACGCAGUCCACUCAUCUCGCGCGCUUCUCCACCGAGGCAUCACGUUUCAAGUGUUGACAUUCUCCAGCGCCGUAAGAUCAGAGCACAGACGGAAGAGUCAGCUCCUUUCAUUCGUUGCGUGUUCCGACACCUCGUCGAGGCCCUUGUGGCAAAGAAGUCCACGAGGACCCAAACUUUCGCGCGAGAGGAAGCUGCGGCUACACGACAGCAUCAGGACGACACCGAACUCGGCACGGUUGGGAGGUUUGUUCGCCGCGAGAACGACCACAACUUCCGUGAAAACGCGCAACACUGACAACGUGUCGCGUUGAAAGGCGAAUCACCCUGUCGCUCGGGGUGCAACCUGCGCAAGAAACAGACUACUGAGAGGCGAAUCAACGAGUUGUAAGCGAAGCUGUGAUCGGUCAACUUGUGAAACCGAGUGCGUCGCAAUGAAGCCGGCCGAGGUUUCGUGGCCGUCGUCCAUGAAGUCGUUCGAGGCUGUCUACGUGUUCUUGGCGCUGCUGUACGCGUUGACCGCGACUAACCUGUACUUACACUUUGCCAGGGAAUCGUUGUCGUUCACCGACCGCGAGAGCGCGAGGUGCUGCGUCGUUCCGAUGGAAGAGUCCCCUGCUCGCGAUGCACACGUGUCGGGAGGUCGUGCGAAGCGCAGCGGAUCGACGAUGCCGCGCAAAGCGGGUCGAGCCGCCGCCGAGGAGCCCGUCUAUGCGAGGAUAUCGCCCAAGGCGGCCGCCGUGCCCAACGUGGAGUUCUUCCCGCGAAACGACAUGACCAGCCGCGACGGCAACACCAUGCUCGUCAGCUCAUACGCCAGGAUACCGGUGCCGGUGUUAGAGGAAUUCUGCUUCACCUCGAAAGAGUACUGCGGGCCGGGGGACCCUGGGAAUCCAGGAAAACCAGGCAUUCCGGGAUACCCGGGAGAGAAAGGAGACAUGGGGCUUCGAGGGCUACCGGGAUUGCCAGGAAGCCCAGGCCCCGUCGGUCCCGUCGGACCUCCGGGAAUAAAGGGCGACAAAGGCUCGAUAGGUGAAACUGGACCUGCUGGUCUGGACGGAAGGGACGGCCUUCCCGGCCAGCCUGGACUGGACGGAAUUCCGGGGCCCCAGGGUCCAGAUGGACGCCCUGGUGUUAAUGGAAGGGACGGCAUAGACGGCCUGCCAGGACGAAACGGCACGGAUGGAGCCGACGGCAAGGACGGGCUCCCAGGACCUCAGGGACCACCUGGGGCCAAAGGAACCGCAGGAAUUCCUGGGCCACGGGGCAAGCGGGGACUGCCUGGUCAGCCGGGAACUCCCGGUGUUCCGGGAAUCACAGCGUGGACAGUGAAUGGAUCCCGCACGCACAAGACGGAAAGCCUGCUCAUACCCCCGGCCAUUGUGGAUGCUCAGACGGUGCAGACAGUGACCAUCCGCGAAGGUGAGAAUGUGCGGCUUCACUGCUCGGCUACGGGACAGCCGGAGCCCGUUGUUACGUGGCGGAGGGAGAACGGGAGACCCAUUUACGGACAGCGUUUCCAUGAAUCACUUGUUCAGGACCGCCAGCUGAACUUGACCCACGUGACACGGGAGGAGAUGGGCCGAUACUUCUGCACUGCGUCGAACGGGGUGCCGGUAGAAGCUACCAAGGAAGUUCUUUUGGAAGUUACUUUCCCGCCGUUCAUUCGCAUCAAGCAGUGGUCGGUGGCGACGGCUGUCGGAGGCUGGGCACUGCUCGAGUGCCACGUCGAGGCCUUCCCGGCGGCGGUGAACACGUGGACGCUGCGCUCGGGACGGUUCCUCGAGGACGGUCCCAAGUACCGGGUGCGCGAGUACGACCGCGGCUACACCACCCUCAUGACGCUCAACGUGACCGAUGUGGGGCCGCAAGACUUCGGACUCUACCACUGCGUCAGCAAAAACGCCCUCGGGCAGGCCAUCGGAUCGCUCACCGUCUACAGUGAAGACGAAAGGACAGAGGAGUUCGAUGACUCGGAGAGAACUGCCGGGCAAACACCGCCAACUAAGCAGACCAUGGGCGACUGCAAGCGAUGUCCGGAAUGCACAAGCUCUCGGCUGAAGACUUGUGGACCAGGUAUGCUGACGGACAUCAUCAAUGUGCAGAAUGUUGACAGCACGGUGAACAGGACCAACUGGAUUGCAAGGAGACCACGCAAUCAGGAGUGCCUGGUGACUCGUCGCGUGAUCGAGCGCAUCGGCAAGCCAGUGCUGAACCGGAAGCCCGGCGGCCACGUCAGCAACUGGAUGCGGGAAAGCACCCCGUUCGAGCCAAACACCAUCUACGUGGCCAACGAGCAGGAUAGCAUGUCGCUCCUCGAGUUUCCCUCCAAGACGGCCUUCCAGUCGGGCACCGGUCACCGUACUCUGAGGCUGCCGGUUCCUUUCCACGGCAACGGACAGCUGCUGUACAACGGCUCGCUCUACUACCACCAGAACGACACCAACUACGUGGUACGAGUUCCCCUGGCCGCCCGAGGCAGCGGAGAUCCGCUCAAAGUGACCGCUCGCCUGAAGCUGGACGACGCCGUGUACCGCAACGGCAGCUACCUGUAUGCGGCGCAGAGGAACUACGUGAACAUCUUGGCCGAUGAGAACGGCCUGUGGCUGAGCUAUUCCAGCCGCAGGUCCAACAACACAAUGAUACUCAAGGUGCACGAGGAGAGCCUGAGGCCGGAGUACAUUUGGAACCUGACCGUCGAUCACCGGCAGGUGGCGCACCUAUUCGUCGUGUGUGGUGUGUUGUACGCUGUGAACAGCCUAAGCGAGCACAGCACUGAGGUCGGCCUCGCCUACGACCUCUACUCGGACGCGCUUCUGACGGACGUGCCUCGGCUGAACUACAGCAACCCGUUCGGUAACACUACCUUCCUCACGUACAACCCGGGCGACGCGUCACUUUACACGACCGACAGCGGCAACCAGCUCAUCUACCCGCUGCUCUUCAACGUCACCGAGGGACAACACAGAGAUGGAGGCUCCGCGGGAUCAAACUAGUGCGCUUCCGCAUUCCAAAUGCGUGCUUCUGCAUUCCAAAUGACAGCGGGCAUCGAAAGCCAUGCAUAAAGAUGGACAUAGGCGUAAGCGC